AUGACCUCUGCGCGCAUCGUCACGGAGGCCAUGCGGCACGGAAAACAGAUGCUGCACAAGCGCAAGACGAGCAGAAACGCUAGCGUGCAGAAAGCACGGCCUGAAGGAGCAGGACAAGAUAAAAUUAAUACAAGCCCUGAUGAUGAGUACGGCACCCCGUACGUGGGUCUCAAGAACAGCGAGAGGGACAAGCUGAACACUCUCAUACGCAAGACCUACAAACUGGCACUGGGCCUUCCUCCGAUGACGCCGACGGAAGAACUACUCAGCCUCGGCACACAGUCCCCGGAGCUUUCUGGACACUUUUCUACCUACCUUUAUCCUGUCAAGAAAACCCUUGAGUUGCCCAAGCUCGGUGUCGUGCUUAAGAAGCACGUCACCGAACUUCUUAAGCACGACAUCGUGGCGGCCCGCUACGUGUUCGCGGUGGCGGGCUUCUUCGGUCUGAUGCACCUGUACGUGCAGCGGCUCAACCUGAGCGUCGCCAUCGUGGCCAUGGUGCGCAUGACGGGCGACAGGAACCGCACCGCGGACACCGGCUGCAACUUCGACGACGUAGGAAACGCCUCGACCAGGGAACUGCGUGAUUUGGCGCAUACGCAGACGGGCGACUUCGACUGGGACGAGCAGACCAAGAGCUCGGUGCUGUCGUCGUUCUUCUACGGCUACAUCCUGCUGCAGUUCCCGGGCGGGCGGCUAGCCGACCGAUACGGCGGCAAGCACCUGAUGGGCUCCGGCGUCCUGGUCUCGUCGCUGCUCACGCUGCUCACGCCGGCCGCCGCUAGACUGCACUACACGGCACUCAUGCUCGUCCGAUUCCUAAUGGGCGUCGCCGGGGUAUGCUGCUCGCCACGCAGUUCUCAGCGACAAAACUCCAUGCAGGCGAUGCUGGCCCAGUGGGUGCCCAAGGCGGAGCGCACCAUCAUCUCCAACAUCGUGUUCACCGGCUCCUUCACUGGCACCGUGGUUGCCAUGACUUCGACCGGCGUCAUGAGCGACUCUGAGGUCUUAGGUGGCUGGCCGUCCGCUUUCUACCUCUUCGGUUUUACCGGUUGCGCCUGGUGCCUCAUGUGGUUCCUCAUGAUCCACAACAGACCUGUGGAGCAUCCGAGGAUCAGCCAUGGCGAACUGAUGUUCAUCACCGGCGGCAGCGUCAUCAUGCAGGGAUCUGCAGUCUUUCAUUUAUCUCAAUCACGACGCCCCGAAAAUAUGGAUGUGGGCCGAGUUUCGCAUUGCAACUGGCGCGAGCAGAUCAUGCCGAUUCCCUGGAAGGCUAUGCUGACGUCUCCAGCUGUCUGGUCCCUGGCAGCCACACAGUGGGCGCACACCUACGGCUCCUACACCCUCAUGACCGAGCUUCCCAACUACCUCAAGAAUAUUCUUGGCUUUGGACUUACGCAGAACGGAAUUCUGAACGGGGCUCCGUACCUCGCGUUGUCCGUGCUCUCACUGAUCAUCGGAUGGACCUCGGACGUCUUCCGGCGGCGAAAUGUUGCUACGGUCACUACCAUCCGGAAAAUAUGCGAUUCCGUUUCAGCGUUCGGACCGGCGCUGUGCCUGAUAGCUGUGACCAUGGCGCCCUGCGAGCGGAUGCUGGCCGUCCUAUGGUUCUGGAUGGCCAUAUCCCUCAUCUCGUUCGCAAACUCUGGCUUCAACUGCACCCACAUCGACAUGGCCCCUGCGUUUGCAGGUACUCUAUUUGGGAUUACAAACUGCAUAGGAAACACGACAGGAAUAAUAGCCCCUCAAGUCGUAGGUUUCCUGACCGAAACUCAUAACAACGUGGACAGCUGGAAGACGGUGUUCUACAUCACGGCCGCCGUCUACACCGUGGGCGGCCUGCUGUUCCUGCUUUUCGGGUCGGCCGAGCCACAGGAGUGGGCCAUGGACGUGCCCACCACCAGCGUGGACCUCUACCGGGAGCAGCAGAACCGCUCCCUGCAGUGCUGCAACUGGUCCACGCUCUCCGCCGCCCGCAGCAGCCCGCUGGCCGUGAUGGCGUACAACUCGCACAGCAACCAGGUCUCGUCCAGCGUCAAGACCAGCCAAUGACGACCGAGUGCCGCCGCUUCGCGCAUGCCGUGCCCUCGCGCUUCGUCUUCGCAUGCAUCGGUGGCAAAAGGGCUUUGAAAGACUCGACUG